CGUUCUGUGGUAUCACUUAUCAUCUACUUAUCUAUGUCACUUAUCAAUGUGCUCUCCAAGAGCGCAAAAUGUGCAUGAAUGAAUGAAUGCUUAAAAGCUCCUGAUACCGUCACUGCAUAUCUCGAUUUUUUCAUCGGUUUCUCGUCUUUCUAUGGUUAUAAUUCAAAAUAUCAUUUUGAAGAUAUUAUUUUGACAUAUCAGUUGUAAUUUGAAAUAAAAUAAGAUAUUUAUAUAUGCCUUAUUCUCAAUAGGUUUACAUGAAGUGUAAUGUAUCUAGUUGUUCUGUAUGGAUUUCUUUACACUGUUUUCAUUUUAAUAACUUCUUCAUAUUCGAGAUAUGAUAGACUUUUCUCUGAUGGAAUAUCAACAGCUGAGAUAAUAGCUGGUGAUGUUUUUUUUGAAAUAACAGAUCCUGUCGAAUUAGAAUAUACUUACAGGGUGAGACCUGCUAAAGAUUUUGGUGCUCCAUUUAACGAGUCCUUUAUCUUGAAAAACACUGCUUUGGUACCUGUGGUUCCCAGAUUUGGCUGCCACAAAUUAGAAAACCAAAAAGAUGUCGAAGGAAAGGUAGCUUUCAUUGAAAGAGGUGAAUGUUCUUUUAAAAAGAAAACGUUAAUGGCAGAAAAAGCAGGAGCAAAGGCAGUUAUAAUAACAGAUAUUAAUAAUGCUAAUGAAGAGUAUUUUAUUGAAAUGAUAGAUGAUGAUGGUGAAGAGGAAGCUAAUAUUCCUGCAGCUUUUUUGAUGGGAAAAAAUGGCCUUAUGAUUACAAAAACCUUAGAAAGGUUACAACGACAAUAUGCAAUAAUAAAUUUACCUGUGAAUUUGACUUUUACACCAAUUCAUAAAAUGAAUCAUCCUCCAUGGCUUGGUUGGUAAAAUAAAACUUGUUUCAUGAUUCAA